GGUGCCAGGACAGGGGUGUCAGGACAGCGGCGGCAGCAGUAGCUGCCGGACGGUGUGAGGGCGAGGGGCCAUGGCCCUUGCUCUCCGCCUCUUCCUCCUCCUCCUCCUGGCAGUGGCCCUGCACGCCAGGGCUGCCCAGGCUGCUCCGGUGCCAGCGCGGGGAGCAGAUGACAACACUGGGAAUGCUUCCCCAUUAGACUGGCUGCGUAAAGUUUUGCAGCCCUUGCAGCCUCCUGCAGGAGUGUCUGCAGGGAGGACUGUUCCAGCUCCUUUUCUGGUUCCUCGGCCCAAACUCCUCUCACAUGGCAGGGGUCCUCCAAGAGGCAAGAGCCAACGUCCAGGAGAGAAAAAGACCCAGAUGGACCAAGAGGCUGUUCACAAGUUAAUGUUCCCCAAAGGAAGCAGUGGCUCCGUGCCAGGCUCUGCUGAGGGCAGGGAGGCGAUGCCAGGCACGGGCACACGGGAUGACAACACUGGGAAUGCUUCUCCAUUGGAUUGGCUGCGUAAAGUUUUGGGGCCCUUGCAGCCUCCUGCAAGGGUGUCUGCAGGGAGGACUUUUCCAGCUCCUUUUCUGGUUGCUCCGCCCAAACCAGCCUCACAUGGCAGAGGUCCUCCAAGAGGCAAGAGCCAACCUCCAGGAGAGAAAAAGACCCAUGAGUCAAAUGAAGUUCUGAAAGAAAUUUUGAAGGAACUUCAGAAAGGGCAAGAGAUGGACCAAGGGGCUCUGUGGCAGGCGGCGUUCCCCAAAGGAAGCAGUGGCUCCGUGCCAGGCUCUGCUGAGGGCAGGGAGGCGAUGCCAGGCACGGGCACACGGGCCAAGCCUGGGGGUGACGGUGAUCAGGAACCCGGAGUGGGGCCCAGGACUGAGCCUCCGGAAGGUCGUGUGGGGGUGUCCGCAGGGAGGACUUUUCCAGCUCCUCUGCUGAUUCCUCUGAGCAAGACCACCGCAUAUGGCAUGAGUGAGUAGUCUGUCCCUGCAGACCUCACAGGCUGAGCUCCGGUUUUCUCUAAUCCAUUCAUGUCAAAUGGAACUGCUUGCCAUUCAGGUCCUCCAAGAGGCAAGAGCCAACGUCCAGGAGAGAAAAAGACCCUUGAGUCAAAUGAAGU